AUGGCAUCGGCGUCCCGGUGGUCGCUUGAAGGCUUCAAGGUCGUCGUCACAGGCUCCACCAAGGGCCUAGGCCUCGCUUGCGCCCAAGAACUGCUCCAGCUGGGCGCGGAGGUUGUCAUCACCGCGCGCAAGGCGGCUGAGGUGGAGGAGACCUGUGCCUCACUGAGCUCACUGACAAAGCGCUCGCCCUCGGGCAUUGCCGCCGAUGUCUCCACGAAGGAGGGCCGCGAGGCGCUCGUUGCACACGUGCAGAAGCUGUGGGGUGGGUCCCUGGAUGGCCUGGUGAACAACGUCGGCACGAAUGUCCGGAAGCCCAUCCAGGAGGCGACCGAAGAAGAGUACUACAACAUGAUGCGAACCAACAUCGACUCCUGCUGGUUCCUGUGCAAGAUGUUCAAGCCCAUGCUUGAGCGCUCGUCGAGGGCCUCAGUGGUUAACAUCUCGAGCGCAGCGGGUGUGCGGAGUACCGGCACAGGGUCUGUCUACGCGAUGACGAAAGCAGCCAUGGCGCACCUUGCCUGCAGCUUGGCAUGUGAAUGGGGUCCUCUCGGCAUCCGGGUCAACUGCGUUUGCCCAUGGAUGGCCCGCACCCCGCUUUUGGAGGAGGCUGUGCGCAACAACCCACAGCAGCUGGAGGACGUCAAGCGCGUCACACCACUGUCCCGCCUCGGCGAGCCCGAGGACACAGCAGGGGCGGUGGCCUUCCUCUGCAUGCCGGCAGCUGCGUACAUCACGGGUCAGAUCAUUUCCGUGGACGGCGGGCUUUUCGCGCAAGGCUUUCGGGGGCCAUGCGUGGCUGAUCCGAAGCUGUAG